AUGAUGAAUAAUCGUUCUUCCAAUUCUCCUCAUCAACAUCCUCUUGCUGAUCAUAUGCAUCCUACUGCCCCUCCUUCCCAAAAUCAACAUUCUUCUUAUACUCCCUAUCCCACCUAUCAACAAGGCCUUCCUCCCCCCAUGUUUCAUGUUCAACAACAUCCUUCCAUGCUAACUCAACUUCCUCCUCUUUCUGCCACCGUCCUUGCUCCUUCCCUUGCUUCUUUGCCUCCCAUCUCUUCCGCUCCCAAUUACCAACAAGUUUCCUCCCAUGCUUCUUCUCCCUACCUCCAACAACAUCCAAUGCUUUCCUCCUCUUCUAAUCCGAAUGCCCCAUACUCCAAUCCUUCUUUCCCACCUCCUUCUACCGCUCCUCCCGCUCCUACCACCACCCCCCAUGAUCCCUCCUCCGCCUACGCCGUCCCUUCUCCCAAUCCCACCUCUAUCGCCUCUCCGUCACCCAACGACACUCUCCCCGUCUCUCCUCCUCUUUCAAAAAAUUCCGCCCUCAAUGGCUCUCUUCCAAACACCACAAACACCUCCAACGGAAACGGCAAAGGCACCUCCUCUCCCCCCGGUGUGUCCAACAGCAGCCUCGUCAAGCGCCAAGCUCGCAAGCGCACCAAAACCGGCUGCCUUACUUGCCGCAAACGUAGAAUUAAAUGCGACGAGCGGAAACCUGUUUGCUACAACUGUAUCAAAUCCAAGAGACAAUGCGAAGGUUACACCCACUUUCCUCGUCCUACCGGUGCUCUUACCGCCGCCCGUAGAAUCCCCGUUUCAAGCUUGCUUUCCGAACCCGCUCCCCAUGGCAUGGCCGGUCAGCCCACCCAUCCUACUUUCCUUUACUACAUCCAAUCCGUUGCUCCUUCUCUUUGCCUUUGGGAUUCUUGCUACUUUCCUCCUCUUAGUCCCUAUUCUUCCUUCUCUAGCAUCUAUUGGUCUUCUACUAUUCCUGAACUCGCUUUACGCAACCCAAACAUCAGUGUCGCUCUCUAUGCGUUCGCUAGUGCUAAGCGUCACUUGACCGACGAUGCCAUCGCUUUUGCUCGCCAAGCCCGCGUCACCCUCACCAACAUUACCACCACCGAGAGCCUCCUUAUUUUAGUCCUUUUAGCUGUUACCCAACUUUACAUUCCCAAAUGCGAUAUUCAACUCUUCAAUUUCGCCGUCGAUCAACUCGUCAAAUUUGACGCUUCUUUGAUGACAAGUCCUAGUGACGAAAUUAUUACCUACUUACUUCGUCGCAUGUUUAUCCGUCAAGUCGUCCUCGCCGGUAUCGCCGAGUUACCUCCUGCUACCACUCCCACUGCCGUCCUCGACGAGUCCUUGUUUAACCUUGGGCUUCGUUCUCUUUGUCAUGAACCCGGUUUAGAUUCCGAAUUUACCAAUUGGUAUAAUAACUGUCCUGUGGAUAAGGUCGAUCUUCCCCGUCUCGCCUUGUUGAUGAUCCAUGCUGUCUUUGUUUCUCCUGCCACUUUGGCUCAGUGGGUAGAACUUAUUUUGCAGCAUCCCGAUCCAACCCCCGCCAUCCACAUCGCUAGAGCCUGCUUGCUUGCCGUCCGAAGUGUCGUAAACCUCAGCGAAUUGCAGGUCAAAGUUGACAAGUGCGUUAAGUCUUGUGAAGAAAAGCAGCUUCAAGCAAGUAUUUCAAAUUUCUCUCAGGAUGCCAUUCAGGCAAACUCUUCUGCUUUGUCCAUUGGGGUUUAG